UGUAUCCAUGGAGGGAGUUCACAAAAAUCAAAUUUAUAUGUGAAUUGUGAUGCACAAUUUACUACAACUAUUUAACGGUCCCCCGGGAAUCCCUCUCCAUAUCUUCUUCCCUACAUCCUUUUCUCAUAUUUAUUAUAUCGUUUCGUUUCUUUCGAUCUGAUUUGCACACGCCCUCCAUUGAUUGAUCCACGAGCUUGAUUUCAGUUCUUGAUGCUCACCUAAUCGCCAUGGAUUUCCCAUUUUGAUUUUGCUUCCUCACGCUAGAAUACGGAUUCUUCGGUUAUCAAUCAUGUCAUCAAUUGUAGCAAGAACGGGUCGCCAUCUUCAGCGUUACGACAACAAUCUUCGCCUUGUUUCCGGAUGUAUUCCAUACAGACUGGUGAAGACUAAAGAUCAACACGUUGAUAAAGAGAAGAGAAUAGAAGUAUUGAUGGUAUCUUCACCAAAUCGUAAUGACAUGGUAUUCCCAAAGGGUGGAUGGGAGAGCGACGAGACAGUUGAAGAAGCUGCGUGUCGCGAAGCCUUAGAGGAAGCUGGAGUAAGAGGAGUUCUUAAAGGAAAGGCACUUGGAGUGUGGGAGUUUAGAAGCAAGAGCAAACAGGAAGCUUGUAGUGAGGAAGGGGGAUGCAAAGGAUACAUGUUUGCAUUAGAGGUAACAGAGGAGCUUCAAACAUGGCCUGAACAGAGUAAUCGCAGCAGAAAAUGGGUGGUGAUUGAAGAAGCAUUUGUAUUAUGUCGCUAUGAGUGGAUGCAGAGUGCAUUGAGAGAAUUUCAAAGAGUGGUGGAAAAGGGAAAUAAUAACAAGCUGGUAGAAAUGAAAGAAGACAAGACAAUUAAACAAGAAGAUGAAGAUUGUCAACUGAUGUCAACAAAUUGCCAUGUCAAUGGACCUAUUAUGACUAUGGCUAUCGCUAAUUCAUAUGGCAUCAUGCUUCCUGCUGGUAUUUUCCUCUAGUUACUCCCUCCAUGCAUUGCAAUCUGCACUUGCACACCAAGUGUUUGACAAAAUGCUUGCAUGUCUUGUUCUCUACCUCGCUAGCUGCUGAUGAAGCGUAGCAGUGGGUUUGUGAAUGAGUAGGAAUAAUAAGCAAUUGUAUCUUGUAUUAUUUUUCUUGCACAUACUUUUAGAGAUGCAGAUGUAUGUAUAGCCCCUUAGAGACUGCAAGAUGAUCGAUCAAUAUCAUGUUAAUUGUGUGUCAGUAGUGUAAGGCAGAAACCUGUCUGUGUUUUAAACUUUAACCAAAGUUGUAGAAUUUGGGUAAUGAUACAUUGUAGCAUGUGUGUGUUAAAUGAGCAAUAUGAGCUCCUUCUUCAUUGGUA